AUGUUUAGCUUAUGCAACCAAUACCAAGUCAAGUAUUGCUGGCUAUAUCCCAUAUGUUGAUCCUUAUGUUUAUAAGAAUUUUAAUCAAGAAUCUUAUAAAAUAAAGAAGGAAUCCGAUAUAUACAGCCUAGGUGUGCUCUUGUGGGAAAUAUCCAAUCUAUGUCCUCCAUUCAAAAAAUAUAAUGAUAUAAGUGCUUUGUGUUUACAUAUAUUGAAUGGUGGUAGGGAAGUUCCUGUUGAAGGAACUCUACCACAAUAUUCUGCUUUAUUUACUGAAUGCUGGCAUGGUGAUCCGGAAAAACGCCCUAAAAUUGACGACGUUACACGUGAGCUCAGCACCUUUUGCCCUCCUAAUAAAGUUUUAGACUCGACCCUCCAUGCCAAUAAUAUAGAGAAAAAACUAAAGACGCUAUCGCAGCCAGAGUUACAACUUAAACUUUUACCUUCGCAGUAUUUAGAGAAUCAUGAAGAUAUCAUUAUGAAUGCAGCAGAAAUAUAUGAAUUCACAAAUUUAAAAACUUUUACAAAUAUUUACGAAAUGCAACUAAAGCAAAUUACCGAUAACAUUCAAGUUGAUUAUGUUGUCAAUACAUUAAUUCCUGUAGUGCGUGAUGAGCAUGUUAAAACUUUCAAGAAAUAUGAAAAUAAGGAAUGGGUGAAAAUUAAAUAUUCUGAAGCAUUCCCUUUAUGGAAGGGUGUUAUUGAUGUAAAGACUGAGCUAGAAUUAAUUAGUAGUAAAGUAGUUGUUUUGAAUAAUAGUGAUAUAAAUAAUUUAGAAGACUCUCUAAAACACCUUACCUCUAUACCAAAGUGGAACGAACGACUUCAAAACUUAUCUGUACUUGUUGAGAUUUUUAAAGUGGCACUUAAAACUGAGAAUUGGUUAGGAAAAUCUUUGAAAAUUUUGAGAGAAGACGUAAUGAUUUUAGGAAAUGUUGUUGAGUUUGUGAAAUAUGUUAAGGAACAUACUCCAGAUGAUAAUGAGAAUUAUUGGUCAUUGAUUAAAGAAUUAUCGUCUGCUAUUGAAAUUCUAGAAUUUCUUCAGACCACAGCUGAACAUGAUAUUAAGAAUUUAAUCAAUGGUCUAGAUGAUUUUUCUAAUGAACAGUUAACUCAAAAAAACACUUUGUUAUCACUCAUUGAAGUUAAACAGUUGAUUGUGCAAUUAAUGAAUAGAUCCAAUAAUAUUGAUGAAUUUUUGAAAGUUUUGCAAAAAAUCAGUCAGGAAAAUCCAUUUUUACCCAUUGAAAUCCCAACAUGUGCUAGCUUUAAUAUGGCUUUACAAAACAUGUUUAGAAACAUUUCUUCUGACAUUCAUGUCGAAAGGCGCACGUACAGUUACAAUUUUUUGCCAGAAGUACUUUCUGACAUUCGUGUUGUCGGCUUUGCAUGUGCUAGUAUUAGCUCCCGUGAUAUUAUAACUAACCAAAGUUGGCCAGGUGUAAAUGGCCAAUUGAAAACUAAUACUGUAUUACUAUAUAAUGAAAAUUAUGAGGGUGUUGUUGAGUGGGGUUCCCGUGCUUUAGUUCCAGAAAUCGGACGUCGAAAGAGCAGAUUAGAAAACUUACCAAGGCCAAUUGAACUUUUCAAACUUCAUUUAGGCAAUGUUCCAGAAGAUCAAAAGCCAAAGUUACCAUGUGGUCUUAAGCCUGAAAGGGUUAUUACUGAUUACCUUCGCGAGAUGGAAUUUAAUAAGCAAACAAAAGCUUUUAUGAGGCAUUGUAUUCACAAAGCUAAUUUAAUUAGCAAUAGUGGUACACAAAACUUACAAUUCAUUACAGAACCCGAAGCUGCCGCCGUACACUGUAUAAAAAUAUUAAAUGACCAUGAAUUGAAAGUCGGAUCAACCUAUCUAAUUGUUGAUUGUGGAGGUGGAACA